AUGGUAUCGGGACAGAUCGUGUAUAGUGUAUUGGAGGAGGUGAAAGUGGGCACUACAGUGGGAAAUAUAACCAAAGAUAUUAACCUUUCGCUAAAAGAGCUGACCUCUCGUGGAUUCCGCCUCGUUUCCGGUUCUAAAAAGCAAUACAUCCGAGUGGAUGCAGAAACGGGCGUGUUGCAGGUAAACCAGCGGAUUGACAGAGAGGAGCUUUGUGAGUCCGCUGUCUCUUGCUCAAUUAAUUUAGAAGCCUUGGCCAAUAAUCCUCUACAGCUUUACCGGGUAAGAAUAAAUAUUGUCGAUGUUAACGAUAAUUCUCCGGUGUUUCCUGUUAGUUCAAUCUACCUAAACAUCACUGAAGUCACUGGGACUGGUGCGCGCUUCCCCGUGCAAAGCGCGCAUGACGCAGACAUCGGUGUCAAUUCUGUGAAAACAUAUAAAAUCGAUUCUAACGAAUAUUUCAAAUUAGAUUUGCAGAAACAGAGCGACAAAACUGUCUCCGCUGAACUGGUACUUAUAAAAGCACUGGACAGAGAAAAAACUCCCAAUCUUGAUCUUUUAAUUACUGCCGUGGAUGGCGGAUCGCCUGCUAUGACAGGGACUUUAAAUAUAAAAGUGAAUGUUCUGGAUGUUAAUGACAAUGCACCUGUAUUUACCAAGUCUUUAUAUAAAGUCUCUAUAGGUGAAGGUACUCCUGUUGGGGCGACAAUAAUCAGAGUGCAGGCCAACGAUCCGGAUGAAGGCUUAAAUGCCGAAAUAAUGUAUUCUUUCAUGAGUCACACGUCUCAAAAUAUUCUGAGUAGGUUUGAGAUAGACAUUGAAACCGGAAACGUCAAACUAAAAGGGGACGUAGAUUAUGAAGAGAACAAUGGAUUUGAGAUUCGCAUUCAAGCCACAGAUAAGGGUACUGUGGCAAUGUCGGGACACACUAAGCUGUUAAUAGAAGUCUUAGAUAUAAAUGAUAACGCACCGAGUGUAACUGUGACGUCACUUCUCAACCCAAUCGAGGAGAACGCAGCAAAGGGCACGGUUGUAGCUUUAAUUACAAUAUCAGAUGCAGAUUCCGGUAACAACGGCGCAGUUAUAUGUCGACUGGAAGGUCCCAGUCCAUUUAAGUUGCAUUCAACUUUCCAGAACUACUACUCACUGAUCUUAGAAGAUGGACUUGAUCGAGAAAAGAAUGCAGAAUAUAAUAUCACAGUUAUAGCAGUUGAUGAAGGAUCUCCGCCUCUCUAUAGUACAAAAGUAAUAAACAUCAGAGUAGCAGAUGUUAAUGACAAUGCUCCACGAUUUUUAGAUAAGAUAGUAUAUGCUUACUUGAAUGAAAACAGUAAAAUUGGUUCAGUUAUAUGCAUAUUGACAGCGAUGGAUCUAGAUAUCAAUGAGAAUGCACUAAUUACAUAUUCUUUAUCACAAACCGCAAUCAACGGCACACCAGUCUCUUCAUUCUUUUCAAUUAAUAGCUUAACAGGUGAGAUACAGAACAUGAAAUCGUUUGACUAUGAGCAAACAAAGAUGUUUCAGUUUAAAGUUCAAGCCACAGACUCUGGUGUUCCCCCACUGAGCAGUAACGUGACUGUGAAUGUUUUUAUCCUGGAUGAGAAUGACAACAGUCCCAGGAUUCUUGCUCCCUAUUCUGAUCAUGGAUCUGUUCACUCUGAGAAUAUUCCCUAUUCUGCUGAAGCAGGCUACUUUGUAGCGAAGAUUAGAGCUGUAGACUCUGAUUCUGGAUAUAACGCCCUGCUUUCUUAUCACAUCUCUGAACCCAAAGGAAACAACUUCUUCCGGAUCGGAACCAGCAGUGGAGAGAUCAGGACUAAGAGGAGAAUGAGUGACAAUGACCUGAAAACUCACCCACUGGUCAUUUUGGUUUCUGAUAACGGAGAGCCCUCACUCUCAGCCACUGUGUCUGUUGAUGUUGUGGUUGUUGAGAGCACAAGUGACAUCAAGACUCAGUUGAAACAUGCACCGAUAAAAGAGGACACUUUCUCGGAUUUAAACAUGUAUCUGCUGAUCGCCAUUGUGUCAGUUUCAGUGAUAUUUUUACUGAGUCUGAUCAGUUUAAUAGCUGUAAAAUGCUGCAGGACAGACGGCAGUCUCAGCAGAUACAGUGCCCCAAUGAUCACCACACAUCCUGAUGGGAGCUGGUCUUACUCCAAAUCUACUCAACAGUAUGAUGUGUGUUUUAACUCGGACACACUGAAGAGUGACGUAGUUGUUUUCCCUGCGUCAUUUCUGCCUACAGAUGCUGAACUAAUAAGUGUAAAUGGAGAGGAUAGUUUUAAUGGAACACAAACGCUCCCUAAUACAGUAAAGUACCAUGCUGUACCCACAGAGGGCUGACUAUAACC